CCCCGGCAUGGCUACCUGUUGCGGCCAAUAUGGCAACAGCCCCGUAAAAGUCGCAGACAAUUGCUAUACCUGGUGUGAUGUCGCCUUCGAGUCAAUUGGGGAGGGGGCCUUCUCGAAAUGUCUUGAAGGCAUCGCGCCCUUCAACGGGACAGGUACCGUGUCUUGCCAGGGCUCUCAGAGAAAUAAGGGAACCCCCACCACCUCGUCACGACCAAACCCCUCGCCGACCACUUCUACCACAACCCCGCCGGACAAGGGCGCUGCAGUACACACCACUAGACAGAGUUUGGGUUUGACAAAGAUUCUUGUCUCGGCGCUUCUCGUCGGAGGUCUUGUGUCUUCAGGUGCACUCCUUGGUCUGGCUUGAA